AUGGCAUCGGCUGCUUCUACUAGGCCAAACUUGUCGGCAGUAGAGGCAGGCUUCACAAAGCUGGAGCGGCAAAGGGAGCUGAUCUCCAAUUGCACUGCUCUCUGGAAGGAGCUCUCCGAACAUUACUCUUCUUUUGAGCGAAGCCUCAAGCUCAGGAAUUCUGUUUCAUUUUCUUCAAUAAUCGAACGAUCUCUCCCGUCCUCCAUUCUUAUCUAUGAGUUCAAAGUUCACGUCGUCAAGGCGCUUGAUGUCUACAACGCCAUACAUGACGGGAUCAAACGGGUGAGACAGUGGCAGAAGCACAACGAGAUUGUUCUCAUUUUUUUAGAUACGUGCAACAAACCCAUUAGUGAGGGCCAGCGCUACUGCGCUAAGAAGGCUCUAGCAGGUCUCAUAGUGCUUAUGCUUGAUAAAAAAGACGUGGUGUCCAUUCUUGUGCAGCGAAAUCAUUCAUUUGGCCACAAUAGCCUGAGUUCUGGCAAAGAUCACCACCAUACCGGUGGCUACUUCUGGUCCUUGUCUUGGAGUGUUUUCAAAUCAUGGUGA